UCCAAUCUGCAAAGCAUCAACAUGGCUACUGUUUGAUAGGAGACACCAUUAAGAUUGUAUGUCUAUGGAAGCUUUUUAAAUAUAGUGUUUCAUAAACUUAGCUUGCUAUCUGUAAAUACAUUCUCGUUUUCUUUUUCGUUCACUACCUUUAAAGUACCUCGCAUUUCUAAAUAAACAGCCAGCUGGCUGCCACCGUCGCUGCUCCUCAUCAGGAAUAUCUGUCGUUCGGUAAAAUGGCUAGUCCACGUACCAGAAGAGUUUUGAAGGAAGUGAGAACACAGGACGAAAACAACACUUGCUUUGAAUGUGGAGGAUUCAACCCCCAGUGGGUGAGUGUUACGUAUGGAAUCUGGAUUUGCCUGGAAUGUUCUGGAAAGCAUAGAGGUUUGGGGGUGCACCUUAGCUUUGUGCGUUCCGUCACCAUGGACAAGUGGAAGGACAUCGAGCUGGAGAAGAUGAAGAUGGGCGGGAACGGCAAAUUUCGACUGUUCCUGGAGCUGCAGGACGACUACGACGCCCACUGGACCAUGCAGGAGAAGUACAACAGCAGAGCAGCAGCUCUUUUCAGAGACAAGGUUGCAACCCUGGCCGAGGGAAAGGAAUGGUCAAUCGAGACGUCUUCCGCCAAAGACUGGACACCCCCUCAAGCCAAGACGGGCCUCUCCUCGGCUCACCGCAGCUCUGCUGGCCCUGGGCAGGGUUCAGGACAUUCUUCAGACAAGGCCUUUGAGGACUGGUUGAGCGAUGAUGUCAACUCCUACCAGAGCGGCGGCGGCUACAGUGGGCAGGAGAACCGCUACGUCGGCUUCGGGAACACCGUCUCCCCUCAGAAGAAGGAGGACGACUUCCUGAACAACGCCAUGUCCUCCAUAUACUCGGGCUGGAGCAGCUUCACUGUCGGAGCCAGCAAGUUCGCGUCGGUCGCUAAAGACAAUACUGCAAAGCUUGCAACCCAAGCCACACAAAAGUUAAGGGGCUAUAGGCCGCCACCUGAACCGGCCACAGAGUUAGGCCAGCAAUUAAACGAGAAUGUAAUCAAACCUACUUCAGACAAGGUGAAGGAGGGGAAGUUGCUAGAUGACAUGUCGACCGGCUUCACAGGGCUGGCGACCAAGUUCCAGGGAGCCAGUGCGCAGGGUUGGAAAGACAUGACCACGUUCUUCUCUGGAAAGCCUGAAGAUUCGGCUGACGGGACCCCGACUGAAGACAGCUACCAGAACAUGGGCCAGACGGAGGGGUACCAGAACAGCGGCGAGAUGGGCCAGGACUUCUGGGAAGGCUUCGGGAGCGGGAGCGGGGGCGGGGGCGGGGGCGGGGGCGGCGGCGCCUCCAAGCCCCCCAAGAAGUCCCCCAGCACCGACAGCUGGACCAUCGCCGACCACUCGGGGGAGAAGAAGAGCUCCGACAGCUGGGACAACUGGGGAUCCGAGGCGGGGACCAACAACAAGCACAGCACCGGCGACAGCUGGGAGGCAUGGGACAACAACUGGGACAACAACGCCGAGGCCAAGGCCCGGAAGAGCCCCCCGAAACCGCCGGAGGACUGGGGCAACACGGACUGGUAGACCGACACCACCGCCACCACCAACACCACCACCACCAUCACCUAGUACUCCACCUUAUCCGGCCUUAAAUGCGUCGGGAGUCGUCUGUUUGAAGGUGGGGUGCAGCCCGAUGGUUGUAUUUGGACACCUUUAUGUAUAUGUGUAUGUAGGCCAUGCCAUCUAGGGUUUUUGCCUUUUUGACCAUAUAUGUGUGUGUGUAUACAUACACAUACACAUGCGUACUUGUGUUUGUGUGUGUGUGUGUGUGUGUGUGUGUGUGUGUGUCUGUGUGUCUGUGUGUACUUUAAAAUGCAGCUUUAAUUUUUACAUAUCCAGUCUAUCACAAGGGGAAUUGGAUAAUACAGAUUUUACAGGAACGCAAAAACUAGUGGAGCCUGGAAUUCCAUUGCUGGAAGGAGCAGAUGUGAUGGUUUAUUUUUAUAUUCCUAAUAUGCAUUAAAUCUUGAGUGCAUACGUACAUACAUGCUUUUUUUUCGGUGAUAAAAAUAGUCUGUGGGGGAAAGAAAUGUAUCCUUUUUGACUGCACCUAACUUUUGUAUCCAGGCCCUACAUCCACAGUAGUGUGGUUAAGUAUAUUGAUCAGUUGAGUUGAAUGAGAAAAGUUUUUGACUUCACAGAAACAUUGAAAUUUUCGGAUCGUUCGCUGCCAGAGUUAAGCGGCUUAUGUUUUGUUUGAUCUUAAAAUGAAAAGGCCGCGUCUCUUAAGAGAUUGAGGUUUUCGGUGGGUUGCCAGGUUGGGGAGUGAUUAGGAGCGUAUGAGGCGGUGAAUCAGCUGGUCGAGGAGCCCUUUGUGACUCAGACGUCGUGCUCUGACAGCCAGCAGCUCUCAUUGUGCUGUCCACCUCCCUGCUGCUCGAGUGGGUGUCCCAUGUUGCAUUCAUGGCGUGUUAAUCAUCUCUUGCUGAGUCAGGUGUUUAUAGUGUGUCUACGUCUGUGUCUCUGUGCGUGUGUGUGUGUGUGUGUGUGUGUGUGUGUGUGUGUGUGUGCACGUGUGUGUGCAGCUGUGAGUGAAAGUGGCAUUCUCCUGCUCGGAAAACAUUUACCUCAAGAGAGAUUUGGCUGAUGCACCGUACCCAUGGAAGACCAUUCAUUGUAAAUAUACAGUACUGGUUGAACUGUGACCCCCACACAAACGUAUUCAAGCCUUGGGAAACCCCCUUUCUGCUUUGGAAUUUAAUCAUAUUUCCAGAUUUAUUUAUUCAUUUAGUUUUUAUUUUUCUUUAAAUCUUCAGCAUAUUUGUUAGGUGUCUUGUGGGUUGUGUUUGCAAUGGCGUCGAGCUGGAAUUAAAAGACGAAGCAAUGGCGUCGAGCUGGAGCUAAAAGGCGAGCAAAACGCACAGCAGAAGACACUUGGGGAAAUGUCAUUGCUCCCGUGGGUAAGGCGGAGAUCGCAUCUCUGCCCUGCCACUAAGAACAACCAACAAAGCUACAUUUCUCCAACACAUCUUGUAAUUGCCUCUUUUUUUCGAAGUAGAGUAAUAUAGACGAGUAAGUUAACUAUUUAGUAAUGCAUCUGAAAAGCCUGUAUUAAAUGCUUGACAACGCCAGAGGCUGUUGACAAUGAAAUAGUGUAUUCAUGUGACCUGUUGAGACGAACACCGCUUAGUUCAUUCCGGUCAGUAUCUAUGGGUUCCCAUCCGUGUCCCAACGGCUACAGCCUCGAGCGUGCUCCGAUUACGUAGCCAACUGUACCUCGCUUGUGAGUUUGUAAGCGUGUCUGUCGUAGACGUAAAAUGAAGUCACUUUUCUCCUCGUUGGUAUCGGGAAGGUUAUUUUACUGUGCUUUCUUGUUCGCGUUUUUCAUUUUCAGAUGAAAAUCUAACAGAAUUUGGCAUGCGCUCUCUAAUAUUGUCUGGUCGGUACGCAGCAGCACAGAUGCGUUAAGGGCAAGGUGCAUGUUUUAUACGAAACCUGAAUUCCGUAACUGAGUUUUAAGCGAAGCAGACUUACCACUCGUUUAAUGAACGUGGCAUCUGUGCAGAGCUCGUGUGACGCAUCUAACUCACGGAUUACGCUCUUUUUUCAUUUAAAUUUGCUGGUAAUAAAUGUUCUUGUAAUAAGCCUUACAGAUAAAUUACCAUGCCUCUUUAUAAACAGAUCUUUGACAUUUUUGUUGUUAAUAAGUUUGGUGCUCUGUGUGUGAGUGUAUGUUAAUUUUAUCUUCUCUGAAAUGCAUGUAAAAUCAAGGAAGAAAAAAAAACCUACACAAAAGAUCAAAUGCACAGUGUCUGGAUUUUCAGUCUAAUUCUUGUCAUGUGUAUUUGCUGAAACGGUCCCUAAAAUUUGUAUAGGAUUUUAAAUGUACGUGUUAAAUAUGAAUUUAUGAUCCGAGAUGUAUUCAUAGACUGAGAAUCUGAUCUAGUCCAAUUGAACCUGAACUUGUUCAUACAAAGUGCAAUUCGGAUGUGAACCAUGUCCAAAUUAUCAGUCAGAAACUCCGCUGGAUAAAUUGCAGAGAGAUUUGUCCAUACAUGAAGUUCAACAAAGAUAGCUCCAAUCACUGGCAAAUAUUUUGAAAAGAAAUGCCAUUCAUCCAAACCUAUCCAACUUCACAAGGUCUUUGUAUAGCAGGAUAGAACUGACUCAGCAUGUAACAAUAUUUAAGUGGAUUACUUCUUUUACUAACCAAUACCUUGAUUUUCUUUUUUUUAAACUGUCAUAACUAAUAAACAAUGUUUACUUGUGUAGCACAUGGCUUUUGUUGCAGCAUUUUCCUGCCAAUGGUGUGCAAAAUAAUGAGGAGGGUUUCACUUCCAUCUGGAGCUGAUGUGGGUAAAAUGGGCCUUUCAGUGUUGUGCAAAUAUGCGUUUGUAUAGUGGACAUUCUAAUUGGCAAUUUCUGUCCAAACAAAAAGGUUUAUGAUAUUUCAACACCAAAGUAAAUUCUGUCUUUGGAUCGUUUUGAUUGCUUUCAAUAUAAAAAAUAUUUUAAAAAAAGACAAAAAUUGUAUCUGUGUAGUUGCUUGUGGAUUUGUGGCUCAUGAAAAGUGUAUAACGGGUCAGAACGUCGUGUAAAUUUCACCUCAGCUGCUCCACAUCUAUGAGUGAAAUCCCCACUUCAAAACUCUCUCUUCCUGGCCGAAAGAGGUCUCCCACUCCUUUAACUGGUUUCUGUUGAGAUUUUAACUGGUGUUUGUUAUAUGACGUGUAACUGGUAUUGAAUCGUGUUUUAUUUUUUUCCUUUAUUCAGUGCGUUUCCACCUCAUGUGUACGAGAAACAUUCCGCAGGUGGAGCGGAGUUCAGUCGUUGUGCUGGGUCAGUGUGCAAUAUCGCUGCAUUCCCCAAGUGAACCUCCCCAAACACUCAGAACAAGACAGCCAGGACAGGGUGAAAGCUUUGUACAAGCCACAGGCUGCUCUUCUCCUGCUGUACAUUGUCUGCUGUCUGGGAAAAUAUUCUAAAUAAAGAAGUAAACAUU